AUGGAGGGCAGUUUGGGCCGGGCAGUGUGCAUCCUGACGGGAACCUCGAGGGGCUUCGGCCGCAGCCUGGUACCGCUGCUGGCCUCCCGGCUGGCCGCUGGUUCGGUGCUGGCUCUGAGCGCCCGAAACGAUGGGGCCCUACGGGAGCUGUCUGCCAAGUUGGGGCAGCGGCCCAGCCUUCGGGUGCUGGGCGUGUCUGCCGACUUGGGCAACGAGGCUGGGCUGCAGCGGCUGCUGGAGGCGCUUCGGGAGCUGCCCAGGCCACUGGACUUGCAGCGGUUCCUACUUAUUACUAAUGCUGAUAACAGUUCCCUGGGUGAUCCCUCCAAAGGAACUGUGGAUUUCACUGAUCUGGCAGAAGUAAAUGGCUAUUGGUCUCUGAAUAUCACCUCUGCAGUCUGCCUGACUUCAGGUGUCCUGAGGACCUUCCCCUCAACUUCCAGCCUCAGCAGAAUUGUGGUCAAUAUCUCCUCCCAGUUUGCCCUAAAGCCCACCAAGAGCUGGGCUUUGUACUGCGUGGGAAAUGCUGCCCGUAACACGUUCCAAGUCUUAGCAGCCAAAGAGCCAGAUGUUAAAGUGCUGAGCUACGCCCCAGGUCCUCUGGACACAGACCUGCAUCUGACUGCCAAGGUAUACACAAAGGAUCAUGAAACCCUCCAGAUGUUAUAUCAGUGGUUUCAGAAUGGGGGGGGGGGGUUGGUGGACUGCACUGUGUCUGGCCAGAGACUGAUGGAGCUGUUGCAAGAGAACACCUUUAAGUCUGGGGCCCACGUUGAUUUCUUUGAUAAAUAGUUUACUCAUGUCCUUGUCUCUCCUUUCAGAAACCUCAACCAACCCCAUACUCUUAUGUAUUUGGUAUCACAAAAUACCAUAAGAUACCAAAGCACAGUUUAUUUUCCCUGGGCUUAACAUUUGGCCCUUAAUGAAGACUGUAGCCAGUCAUUAAAUAAAAACAUGGAUUAUAGAUUAAAAGCAGUAAGAGAACCUACAGAUAGCUGGCCCAACACCCUCAAUUUUACAGAUGAGGUAGCCCAGAGAGGGCAGAUGUUGACAGAUAGCAAGUGGCAAAGCUAGAAUUUGACUCCAAAAUUUAGCACAUUCUUGAAUGCACUGAGAACUAUGGAAUUUUGCAGCUGGAAAGGAUCUGGAGAUCAAACAGAUGCCUGAUCAUGAAUUCCCUCCACAGUGAAAAGAAACCUGUCACAUCCCAAAGCAGCCCAUUUCAUUUCUGGUAGUUCUCAUUGUCAGGAAUUUUUCCUGACAUCAAGUCUAAAUUUGCCUCUUGGCAACAUACCAUCAAUCCCCCAGCUUAUCUCUUCUUCUGCUGCUGGGGCCAAGCAGACCAAACACAACUAUUACAGCAUCCAGAAGGGAUGGCAAAGUAGUUUUUCUUAGUUGGCAUCACACCCAGGAAAUAGAUAAAAUGACCAGACCAACCAUUCUUCAUUCCUCUCCUGGCUCUGCUUCUGACUCUUGGGACUGCCACACCAGGUUCCUGUAUAGGUACUUUCCCACUCUCCCUCUCCCCUGCUUUAGUAUAGUAAGUCUAUAAGUAGCUAUUAAAACAGUAGCAGCAAUUAAGAUUGCAAAGGAGAACCUCAAGUCCCUUACAGACUGUCUCAUAGAUAAAGAGAGCAUAAUGGUUCCUUGCAAACUGUCUCAUAAAUUAACUAAAAGUCACAUCCUGAGAGUCUGUGCUAAAUCAGGGAAAGCCAUCUGGACCUUGCUGUGAGGAAGGGUCUUUUGUCCUGCUAAUUGCCAUGGUCUGUAAGCCUCAGAAGCUCUAGAUAUCCACAUUAAGGCCGGCAGAAUACCAAAUAUUGUUGAUAACUUUAAGAUGAAGUGGAUAUGUUAAAUAAACCCAAAGUGGCGGAGAAGAGCUGGUCUAUUCCCCACCAAAACUCUCUAAAAAUGAAGCCCCCAAACUCCUGCCCCCUGAGCAUUUUUCCAUUACUGAAGGGUUCACUCUGCUCAAGUACUCCCAAUUCCAAUCCAUGCUUAUGUGAGUGACCCUCUCCCUUCCCAUUUUCUUCCCCAUGCUGCUUGACUUCCUCUACCACCCCAAUCCUGUCCCCUUGCCAUCUGCCUGUGUACCCCCUCCCCCAAUGUUUGUCUCUGCACUCUCUGCUGUUUGUCCCUGUACCUUCUAUGCCUUAUUAAAAUGGGAUUGAAACAUUA